GGCAACUGAACGUGGAGCCAGCACGAAGGUUGUAGCUGCAUUGGCCCUGGCUGCUGCGCAAGCUUCUGGUGUUCCGCAGAAUCAGGCUCAGCGCAUCUCUGCAUGGAGUGCCUCAAAGGCAGCUAGCAAUCAGGCUUUGAUCUUGGGAGCUUCUGUAGCUGAGACCGGUGAGAUCGCCCUGGCUGCUGCCCACUUCGCGGGCUUGAAGGGUGGAACUGCCAGCAGGUUGGCAGCUGAAGCAGCUGCCAAUGCAGUGUUGCAACAGGCCAGAGACAGCAGCGCCAGUCAUUCGCACAUGGCCGUGAAGUGUAAAGAGGCUGCCCUACACGCGGGCCUUGA